CGGAGUCCAUCUCUCUCACUCUGAAGCUCGCUCGCAUAGCGCUCAGUUAUCCCGCGCAUCACGCACCGUCAAGUUGACUGUCGCCAUGCAGGAUCACAGGCGUGAAGUUGCUUUCGUGUGAAUAUCUCUAGCGCUGCAGGUGAAAGCGGACAGUUUAAGCUCCGAGACUUAGAACUGUGGUGCCUCGGAUGCGCUUCAAACUGCUGCAUGAAUGCUUGCUCAUUAGUCCGGGAUUUCACUAUCACUGCGAGGGACGACGAUGCGUUCGGUCCAGCAGCGGUCACAGUGCGCUCGGUGAUGGAUGCCUUCUCUAUUCCGCCUUUUGGGAUUUAAGGAGGGUCAAUGGAGAGCUGUGCGCUUCCGUGCGCCUUUUGAAAUCUUCGGGGCUGUGCAUGCCUGUUUUGAGAUUUGCACAUUAAUGCUGGGGCUUUCGGCAUUAUUGCUGUAAAAAUGCUGAACAACAUUCUCUUGCUGAGCGUUUUAACAGUCACCAGUUUCCCUUCUAAGACAGAUAGCCGCAAAACUUCCAAAGACAUUUGCAAGAACCGGUGCUCCUGCGAGGAAAAGGAGAACGCGUUGAAUAUCAAUUGUGAAAACAAGGGUUUUACCACGGUCAGUCAUUUCCAGCCUCCGCAGAACAAAAUCAGCCAACUGUUUCUGAAUGGAAACUUUCUCACCAAGAUAAGCCCGAACGAAUUCCUCAAUUAUGGUAAUGUAACAUCUCUUCAUUUGGGUAAUAAUGGCUUGCAGGAGAUCAAAACGGGGGCAUUCAAUGGGUUAAAAAACUUGAAGCGUCUUCAUCUCAAUAAUAAUAACUUGGAGAUCAUAAGAGAGGACACUUUUUCUGGUUUGGAGAGUUUGGAGUAUUUGCAAGCUGAUUAUAAUUACAUCAGUGCCAUAGAGGCUGGUGCUUUUAACAAACUGAAUAAACUCAAAGUCCUGAUACUCAAUGAUAACCUUUUGCUCUCUCUACCUAAUAACAUAUUCCGCUUUGUCAUGUUGACGCAUUUGGAUUUAAGGGGAAACCGACUGAAGAUGCUGCCGUUUGCUGGCGUUCUAGAGCAUAUAGGUGGAAUAAUGGAGAUUCAGCUGGAAGAGAACCCGUGGAAUUGCACUUGUGAUCUGAUACCCCUGAAAGCCUGGCUGGAUACAAUUUCAGUCUUCGUGGGGGAUAUUGUGUGUGAGACGCCAUUCAGACUGCACGGUAAAGACGUCACACAGCUGAUCAAGCAAGACCUUUGCCCCAGGCGCAAUCCUGGAGACGCAAGUCACCGUGCGAUGCAGCCACCAUCUGAUUCACAAUACCAGGCUCCAUCUCCAACCCUGAGGCCUCGUGUCACCCCGACAAGAGCCCCCAAGGCCUCCCGCCCCCCCAAAAUGAGAUACCGCCCCACUCCUCGUGUCACGUCCAGCAGAGACAAACACGUAUUCGGGCCUAUCAUGGUGUACCAGACGCGCUCGCCGGUUCCAAUGACCUGCCCGAGCAUUUGCGUGUGCACGUCGCAAAAUCCCGACAGUGGAUUAAACAUCAAUUGUCAGGAGAGGAAGCUUCAGAACAUCUCAGAACUUCAACCCAAACCGUCGUAUCCAAAGAAACUGCAUUUAACUGGUAACUAUUUGCAGACCAUAUACAGAACGGAUCUGACAGAGUACAGCUCGCUUGAGCUCCUGCACUUAGGGAAUAACAGAAUAGCUAUCAUUCAGGACGGAGCCUUCGAGAAUCUCACAAGUUUAAGGAGGCUUUAUCUGAACGGCAACUACAUCGAAAGCCUGUCCCAGUCUUUAUUCGCUGGGCUGCAGAGCUUGCAGUAUCUCUACCUGGAAUAUAACAUCAUUAAAGAGAUUUUACCCCACACCUUCAACUCACUGCACAAUCUGCAGCUAUUGUUCCUUAAUAAUAACCUGCUGAGAUCCCUUCCUGAUAACGUGUUUGGAGGUACUAUGCUGACAAGGCUUAAUCUCAGAAACAAUCACUUUUCCCAUCUCCCAGUGCGUGGGGUGCUGGACCAGCUCUCUGCCUUCAUUCAGAUCGACCUUCAGGAGAAUCCGUGGGACUGCACCUGCGACAUUGUGGAGCUUAAGAACUGGAUGGAGCUGUCCAGCACCAGCGUAGUGGUGAAUGAGAUCACGUGUGACUCACCAUCCAAGCAUGCAGGUCGGCUCUUGCGCUCCCUUCGAAACGAUGCCAUCUGCCCUGAGACUGACGAGGUUCCUGUGACUAAACCCCCGACUGCUGCAAGCUCGAGCACCGAGGCGACCCCUUCUUCUGCCGUAACCCCUACGGACAGAAUGCCCGAAAUGCCUCCAGAGGUGCCCUUGUCCGUUCUCAUCCUAGGCCUGCUCGUCGUGUUCAUUCUCUCCGUGUGCUUCGGGGCAGGAUUGUUCGUGUUCGUCCUCAAACGUCGCAAGGGAGUGGAGAACGUUCCCUCGGGCCCCAAUAACCAUUUGGACUUGAACUCCUUUCAAGUACAAUACGGCUCGUACAAUGCAGACGCCAAUACGGAUAAAAGCGACAACCACGUGUAUAACUAUAUCCCUCCGCCCGUGGGCCAGAUGUGUCAAAAUCCCAUCUACAUGCAGAAGGAGAACGAGCAGGUGGCCUACUAUCGAAACCUGAAGGAACUGAGCUUCAGCACGCUUGAUCCCAAGAAGGAGGAGCUUGAUCGAAGCCCAGCUUUCACCAUAAGCACAGUGGAGUUCAUUGACAAGCAGCCGUGCGCCAACCGCGAGCCGGAACUGCUCUACCAGAACAUUGUGGAGAGAGCGAAAGAUCUUCCUCAGUCUGGGCCACUCAGCUAUAACUUUUGCACUUUACCCAAAAAAUCCUUCAUCCCCCCUUACGAAACCACCCGGCGACACAACCAAGAUCGAUUAAACAAAACCGUCCUCUACGGGACCCCCAGAAAAUAUGCUGCACAGUCCAAAAACGAGCAUCCUUUGCUAUCCAACAAGCUUAAAACCGAGCCGGACUACCUCGAAGUUCUGGAGAAACAAACUGCGAUGAGUCAGUUGUAAGACUGAGUCCCUGUAAACCUGUAUCAUCUGUGUAUUCAACCACAAGAGACAAUAAUAACACCACCACAGACCUAAGCCUUCCAUCUUCUUUUAGAGGCUGUAUACAUACCCGCAAUUUAAAGAUGAUAUAUUAUUUUCUCUAAGGUUUAAAUUAUUUCUUCUACUUGAAACGUAAAGACUGUAGCAGUUGUCGCAAGAAUAUGUAUAGCUUACAGCUCCAUGCUUCUUUUGUAAUAUGAAAUAUAUUUUCUCUCAGACGACAGGGUUGUUGAAAUGACAUUCCUGUAGAACAUGUUGGAUGGUGAGUGCAACACAAAUUCCUGGUUCCAGAAGUGCCUUUGCACUUGAAGAAUUUUAUCUCUGCUUUCUGCUAAUCAAAUUUUUAUAAGUGCUGUAUUUUAAGACUCUUUAUGUAAAAUAGAAUUAUUUGUCCAUUGCAUUAAACGGAAAAAGUAAAAGGGUGUUCUGGUGUUGAGGAGAAUAUUAUUUUCCAUGCAUGCUUGUGGCUCUAAAAUCAGGGAGUUUCAGCUUGAAGUAAAUUUGUAAAAAUGCUGAAUUACGAUUCUUAUGCAUUUAGUGAUGGAUGUGGAUUAAGCAGUAUUCUGCAGCACGGCUGAUCUCCUUUAAUGGCACACGGCAGAAUGUGUGUGUGUGUGUGUGAAUGUGUGUGUGGGCUCAGUAUAUAUGGUACUUGGUAGAUAUGGUAGAUUGUAUUUGCCUAGUUUCUGUGCCAUGAAACAUUGUUGGUGAAGAAGAAAUGGAGCAGAAAAUUAUUUGAUAAUCUUUGCUUGCCUGAAUAUUUUUUUACGUAUCGUAGCGCACCGACUUGCUGGCUGUAGUAUUUGAUCUGUGACUCCAAAGAUGUUCAUUCAUUCAUUUAUAAAUUAAAAUCAGAUUGUAUGUGACAGCAUCGCAGUUGCUGUCCAAGGUGCUAAAAUGAGUUUGCAUUAGCCGGUAGAGAUACUGUUGUCUUAGUGCUGAAUUUCUAAACAUGCCUUAUUGUAGAGAAGAUAAAAACUUAAAAAAAUGAUGCAGCAAUUUGAUGUACCACAAAUCAGAUAACCUUUAUUAUUUCCUCUCAGCACAAAAGU